AAGAAGGAGGUGCAACAAUUUUUUUAAAAAAAAUUUCUUCAGUUAAAAGUUCCCUAAUUCUUCAGCCACAAUCUCUUACUAAAGGAACAACUUGCCCAUUCUGCUCUGGCAGAAGAAAAUAAGGGUUUCUCAAUGGACUCUCUAGCAACAUCCAUCAACCAGUUUGCCCUGGCAUUUAGCAAAAAGCUAGCUGAAUCUGCUGAGGAUAAAAAUAUCUUCUUCUCUCCCUGGGGCAUCUCAACCUCAUUGGCCAUGGUGUAUUCGGGCACCAGAGGUUCCACGGAAGCCCAGAUGGCCCAGGUUCUCCAAUUUAACAGACACCAGGAGAGCAAAUCUUGUCCUGAAAGUGAAAAAAAAAGGAAAAUGGAAUUCACAUCCAGCAAGGCUGAAGGAAUAUGCUCUGACUUCCAGACACUUUCUGCAGAAAUCGUCAAAUCCAGCCAUUCCUAUAUACUUAAAACAGCCAACAGAGUAUAUGGGCAUAAGUCAUAUCCAUUUAACAAUAAAUAUUUAGAAGAUAUGAAAAUGUAUUUUGAUGCAGAACCACAGUCUGUUAACUUUGUGGACGCUUCUGAUCAAGUCAGAAAGGAGAUCAACUCUUGGGUGGAAAGCAGAACUGAAGGAAAAAUUCUGAAUCUCCUACCGGAUGACUCUGUGGACUCCCUGACCAGGAUGGUCCUGGUGAACGCCCUUUACUUUAAAGGAAUCUGGGAACAUCAAUUCCAAGUGCAAAAUACCACAGAAAAGCCUUUCAGAAUAAACAAGACUACAAGCAAACCAGUGCAAAUGAUGUUCAUGAAAGAGAAGCUUCAGGUUUUUCAUAUUGAAAAUCCACAAGCCACAGGCCUCCAACUUGACUACAAGGGCUCUGACCUCAGCCUGCUUGUGCUACUGCCUGAUGAUGACAGCGCACUGAAGCAGGUGGAAAAGGUGGUCACCUCUGAGAAGCUGAAAGAGUGGACCAGUGAAGACAUGAUGGAAUUGUGUGAAGUGCAGCUGCAUCUGCCCAAGUUCAAGCUGGAGGAGAGUUAUGAUCUCAAGUCCACUCUGAGCAGCAUGGGGAUGACAGAUGCCUUUAGCCCGAGCAAAGCAGAUUUCUCAGGAAUGUCUUCAGACAGAAACCUGUUUCUGUCCAAUGUUUUCCACAAGGCUUUUGUAGAAAUAAAUGAACAAGGGUCAGAGGCUGCAGCAGGCACUGGGAGUGAGGUGGCUUUUCGAAGAGGAUUCCCUUCCAUUGAAUUCAAUGCAGACCAUCCAUUCCUCUUCUUCAUCAGGCACAACAAAACCAAUAGCAUUCUCUUCUACGGAAGAUUCUGUUCCCCCUAAACCCUGUGUCUCUCACCUAAUAAGACUAUCUUAUGGUGUGAAAAAUGCACCAUAUGAUAGAAAACACAGUUAUCAUGAAAAUAAGUGUAGUCUACACCUCUUUUCACUUUUAAAUAAUGAUCUUGUCAUUUCUGUAUAGCUAGAGAUAAUGAAGCUUUUUAUUUUUACCACACAAGCAGCAGUUGGUUUUAAUGUGACUUUGAUUUACCUUGCAGAUAUGCUAUGUUAUUCCAUCUAAUAAUUCACAGUUCUUGAGCUACCUGAUCAUUGUAUUAAUGUCAAUUACAUUUCACAUUCAUUGAUUAGUGUAGAAAAUAUUUAUAAAUGCAACAUGAUAUUGAAAAAUAAGACAUUUUCAAGAAUAUCAUUUGUUGACUCUUAAAAUCCAACAUAAAAUUAGCUCUCCCUGUCUGCUAUUUUAAAAAAUACUUAUAUAGACAUUAAUGAGAAAUCUAGUGAAAUGCAAGUGAAAUCCAUGAUUUAGUUAGUAGCAGUGUACCAAUCUUGAUGUCUUAGCUUUGAUAAAUGUACCUUGAUAAUAUAAGAUGUUAAGCAUUAGGGGAAAUUGUAUUGGGGGUCUAUGGGAAUCCUAUUAUUUUUGCAAUUUUUAUAUGAAUCUAAAAUUAUUCAAAAAUAAAAAUUUGUUUAAAAUAA